UUGGAGUUUCAUUCAUCCACAAAAGCUGCGAAAGAAAAUCAGAAUUUCUUUGUUCUAUUGGUUCGGGGUGGGGGGGAAGAUAUUCCGUGGAAUCAACGGAGGUUGUGGUGCUUUUUUUUCCCUUGGAACAAAUACGAUGAAGAGACGUUAUGUGGACGCGAGUAGGCUGAGGAAAAUGAAACGGAGUAAAAUCACAGAGCGGCUUUCAGAAAGUGCUUUUGCAUUCCUGAAGUUUAUGAUCAUCUGGAUUGUGAUCUUAAUGGCAGACUUCAUAUUAGAGUUUCGAUUUGAAUAUCUUUGGCCAUGUUGGCUUUUCUUUGGGAGUGUUUACACCUUUUUCCAUUGCCAUGGCCUGGUUAUUUGUGUGGUGUUUGUAUGUGCAGCAUUCACUCUGGAUGUUUUUUGUUUAAUUUUUUUACCCCUUGAUUGGCUGUUCUUUGCUGCCAGCACCUAUGUAUGGUUUAAUUACAUAUGGCAUACAGAAAGAGGACUUUGCUUGUCUACAGUACUGCUGUGGAUAAUUCUUAUAUAUAUUGAAGCAGCUCUCAGGUUUAAGGAUCUGAAAAAUUCUUAUGUGAAUUUGUCUCACCUGUUUGCAGCACACUGUAUUGGGUAUCCUGUGGUCUAUUUGGGAUUUGAUGCAACUUGUUACUUCACCAGCAUUAUUAAACUGCGAAUACAGAAAGUAGUUAGGAAAGAAAAUUACUUCUUACUGCAGUUACUGCAACAGGCUUUACCUCCAGGCUUGCACCUAUACCCAAGAUAUGAAUCUGACUGUAAAGAAACCACAAAAUGGAUGUCAAAACCAGAAUGUACGCAAUAUCAGUUCCGUAAUGGUAUUUUGUUGGCGGAUGAUAAGUACUUGUCAGACUAUCCACAAAUUGAGUAUAAAGAGAAAAAAAAUGAAAAAGAAAAAGAUACAGAGGACAAGUCAAAUGAACAGACUUCUCAACCUUUAGCUCUCAAAGCAAAUGAAAAUGAGAAAAACUGUGUGACCUCCGAUAGUUCUGAAAGUCUACCUCAAGAGGAACAUGGGGCUAAAAUCCCAAGGACUUCCAAAAGCUCUUCACCUAAAGUGCGUAGGACACCUAAUAACAGUAUAGUGCCUAUUGUUAAAGGAGAAAAAAAACAGAAAAGCUCAACCAAAAGCACCAGUCCUUCUAGAGAGACGGGUAAAGACAGCUGUUCUCCUAGUCUGAAUAUUCAUUCAGAACUCAUAAUGAGAUUAGAACAGGAUGUUAAAAAAUUAAAAGCAGAUCUACAGACAAGUAAGCAGACUAUUCAGGAACUCCGCAGCCAUGUGUGCAACCUGACCAACAGUGAAAGAAGCCUUCGGCCAGAAAUUGCACUUCUUCGACAAACCAAUGACCUUCUACAAAAUAAAAUUUUGUGCAUUAUGAAGGCAAAGCAGAGGGACAAGCAAACUGCAGUUCUACUGGAUAAAAAGAUAAGAACAGAAAUGGAGGCUCGUACAAGCUUGGAGCAGCAGCUUUUAGAAAUGAAAAUUAAAAAAACAGAUGAUUCAUGUACAGUUUCUCAGGGUGCUGUUCCAGCAGAUCGGCAGGAACAUGUGGAAAACUUGAAGAAAAAAGCUAAAGAACUGGAAAGUGAAUACAAACUGCUUCAACAGGAAUUUCAGAAAAGAGAACGACAAAAAUUAGCCUUAGAAAAUGAAGCAGAGAUGCUUUGCAAAUAUAAAGGUAUUGAACAGGAUGCUGAAAUGUUGUUGUCAGCCUUGUCAGCAAUGCAGGAUAAAAAUCAACACCUGGAAUACAAUCUAAGUGCCGAAACCAGGAUCAAGUUGGAUCUCUUUUCUGCACUGGGAGAUGCGCGACGACAGCUGGGAAUUGCACAAAGAAAAAUAAUGAAACAGGACCAAGAAAUUGGGGAGAUGAAGCAAAAAAUUGCAGAAGUUAUGGCUGUCAUGCCAUAUGGUGUGCCACAUCAAAUAACACCUCAAUAUUUAACAAAGUUUCUCAAUUCUGAGAAUUAUGUUCUUGACCCUAAUGCACUAAUGUACCACUGUCUUAAAAAAUGAAGCUGUUGUUGUUACCCAUCUUAUACUUAAGCUUGGAGUGAGCUUACAGAAUGUUGCACUAUGUAGCUGCUAUGGCUCUGAAUAUGUAGAAGCACUAAACAGUUUUUCUACAAAUCUCCAUCUGAGGAGUAAAGAGCUGAAGCUGCUCAGCUUUUCAGUGUGAAAAUUUAUGGACAUACUAAAACAGAUUAGUCAGAGGACCCAGAAGGUUGGUUAAGGUAUACAAAAACCCUAGAAGGGUUUCUAAAUUUAUGCUUUGUAUACAUAUAUAAAAAAAUGAUUUCUGAAUGGCACUUGCUUCAUAUUACUCUCAUUCCUUCAGAAAUCUUAAUGUGGAAGAUCCAGUUAUUUUAUACUAAUGCACAGUUUUGAUGAUUUUGUAUUUGUGCAAGUGAGUUAUGUCACUCUUGGACAAAGUACAGACUAAAGUCUAUGCGGUUCCAAUAUAUAAAAUUGAAUUAAAAUAUAUUUUCUUUCAGGGCUGCUAGUGCCAUCUAGGAUAAUACAGCUUGCUCAAAAAGUGUGAUAAAUUAUUUUAUGAAUUAAAUUUUUUAUAUAAUAUACCUAUUAAUGGUAUUUCAUGUUUUUAAAUUAGGCAGUGGUUUCAUUCCUAAAAUUUGGCUUAUGUUAGUAGUAUAAUUUAUACUUAAUCAUUUUAGGUUUAUUUAAUCUUGAGAUGUUUUUAUUUUAUAAAAUUGGUAGCAGGAAAUUUAGUUUUCUUUCUGAACAGAAAUAUGAACAUUUUUGAGAAGACACGUAGAUUAACAAUGGUAUCAGUUUUCUUUACUAUAGGUAUUACCAAUUGUUUAUCAGCAAUACACAGCUAAAGUGAAUUUUACAAAAAAAUUUGAUUUCAUGUUUACUAGUUGCUGAGAUGUUACUAUGUUAUAUGUUUAUAGAAUGUUAAAAAAAGGCUAAAAGUCACCCAAUGUAUGAUUGUUUUCAAUUUUUUUGUUGUUUAGAAAUGUGUUGUUUACUUUGUUAUUCUUCCUAAUUAGUUAGAAACUACCAUGAGAAGAUGAUACAUGGAUGAAAACUUCAUUACAUUCCUGAUACAUAUUGCAUUAAUAUUAUACAUAUCAGAUUUGCAGUUUGUGUGUCAUUGUAUACAUGAUAGUCAGUACAACAGAAUACAGUAUAUUGGAAGCAUUCUUUUUCUUCAGAGAACAACACUGGAAAUUAUUCUCACACUCAAAUUAGCCUAUAGUUUUACAGGUUGGUCAGUGAGAUGGCUUAGACAUAAAAAUGUUAAGUUGUGAUUCAAAAAAUAGAUCAUCUAAAGAGUAGCUUCAUUAACUGAUAGGGAGAUCUAAUAGUAAGGUGUAUUUGUUUAUUAAUUCUUUGAUCCCACAAUUGUUUUUUCUUUUACGUUGUACUAGUACUGUGGAAAUAGAGGGCAUUCUUGUCUGAGUAUUUAACUGAAUUUUGACAGAUUGUUGGAGACAGUGUUCUUUUUAUGUAGGUUUUUAAGACUUAUGAUAGUUUGUCAUGAAAUACAAAUGUGGCUUAAGUAGUAAAUAUAGUAGUUGUUUAUUGUGGAAUGUACAUAUUUUGAGAUUUUUUUCUGUCACAUUACUAUAUUUCUAAUUACCCUUUCCAACUCAGUGUUGGUUCGAAUUCGUUAACAUUUUUAAUCAAUAAAUAGCGUAAGGGGUACAUGCGGGAUGGUGGUUUAACAAAUUACUAUGUUGCUCUACAAAUUUCAAACCACUGUUAUGAGGGCAUCCUUUUCCAUUCCUUGAAUGGUUAAAUUGUAUUUGUUGCUGCUAUCACAACAUAUUAUAGUGAGUGGCAUUCAAAACAUGUAUAAUCGUUUUUACUGUGUGUAUUUAAGCAUUUCAUGCAUUCUUGCUACAUAAAAACAGGUAGCUGGGCUAUGACAGGUUAUUUAAAUAGUGUUGCUAUAAAUCUGCAGCCAUAUAUACAUUUGUUUGUAAUUUUUCUAUGUUUUUAAAAGCUAAGCUUAAUCAGAAUGUAGAACAUGUGUAAAAGGUAUGUGCAAAUCUUUGUACUUACCUUUGCUUCUUUCUUUAAAACUUUAAAGAAUAAUUAUUUUUUAUUUUUGUAUACUGUAUGUUGGCUUGUAUUCUGUAUAUCUAUAUUUAUUAAUUGUUUUGACUUGUAACUUGUUUUUUAUGUACUGUUAAUAUUUCUUUUGUAACUCGGAAGGAAGCGAGCAUGUUAAUGCACAAUUUUAAAUCCUUUAUGAGGACAAAGUUUAUAUAUAGCCAAAGUGCUAUUUCUGAAUUUCAUGUUUCAUACUUUGUAAAAAUUUAUACUGAAGAAAUUUGAAUUUAUGACUAUUUGUAAAUCAUUAGUGUGAAUUAAGUGGUAAUCGUGAGUAGCAUGUUUCCUCCCGUGUAUAGUUUUACACUGUCUUUGCCAGAAGUAAUCACCCACAGGGAACUAUAUUAUUACCCUUACCUGAUACACUGACAUUAAGAUGCUGAUGACUACUACUUGUCUUAGAAAGAAGGCAAUCAAAAACUAAAACAGUUUCAUGCAUCAGUCAAUAGACAGAUGCAUGAUUUUAGACUUUUAAUACUUUACAUUUUCACAGUAGUUAGUGUAACAGAAUUUAUAUGCAUUCCGAAUUAACAGAUUCUGUACACUUCAUCAGAAUUUUAGUUUUUUUCUGCUAUACAUUGUGAUCUUUCUUAGUACAGUGGAACCUCGGUAUACGUCCUUAAUUCG